CUGGGUAUUAUGCAAUCCGUGACACUCUCGAGGCGUGUGUUCAAAAAAAUCAGAUUUUAAUAGAAGUCUGUGGGUAGAUCGCCAGCUUGCAAGGAUCAUAUCCCGUUUUCGCAAUUUCCUUCAUUAAAUAAGAAUUCUAGAGAUACAGAAGGGAAUACAUGGCAACAGUGACAGUCAUGCACCGGCAGCCAGCCCUGUGGAGGCAGUGUCAUAGGACGGCUGGCAUUGGCGUCUGUCGUCUCCACACCAGCAGCAGCAGUGCCUCCUCCAAAGAGCAUUACAAGGUCCUAGUGCUGGGAGGAGGAACUGGGGGCAUCACAAUGAGUGCUCGGAUGAAGAGGAAGCUAGGGGCGGAAAAUGUGGCCGUAGUGGAAACCAGUGAGAUGCACUACUAUCAACCCAUCUGGACGUUGGUUGGAGCUGGGAUCAAAAGUGUGGCCGCCUCUGGUCGCCCUACAGCCAGUGUCGUACCUCCGGGAGUCAAGUGGGUGAAAUCGAAUGUACGGGAGAUCGACCCAGACACAAACACUGUGCGCACAGACAAUGGCAUGGAGAUCUCCUACCAGUAUCUGAUAGUGGCUCUAGGUCUACAACUACACUACGAGAAGAUCAAAGGCCUGCCUGGGAUUGAUGAUUGGGAGGAAUUUAAGAUUGGUUCAAACUACUCCGUGCAAACCGUGGAGAAGACUUGGAGUGCACUGCAGAACUUCAAGGAGGGAAAUGCUAUAUUCUCUUUCCCCAACACUCCGGUGAAGUGUGCAGGAGCACCACAGAAGAUCAUGUACCUGACCGAUGCUUAUCUCAGAAAGACAGGGAAAAGAGCAACUGCCAACGUCAUGUACAACACGUCACUGCCAGUGCUGUUUGGGAUCAAGAAAUAUGCAGAUGCAUUGUGGGAGAUAGUGAAGAAUCGCGACAUCCAGGUGAAUCUCAGACACAACCUUGUAGAGGUCCGGGCCAACAAGCAGGAGGCCGUGUUUGAAAACCUUGACAAUCCUGGAGAAACUAAAGUGUUUGAGUAUGAGAUGCUUCACGUCACUCCUCCAAUGGGACCCAACCCGGUGAUUAAAGGAUCCUCAUUGGCUGAUGAGGGUGGCUGGCUGGACGUCAACAAAGAGACCCUUCAGCAUAACAAGUAUCCCAACGUGUUUGGGAUCGGAGACUGCACCAACCUGCCGACAGCCAAAACAGCUGCUGCCGUGGCUGCUCAGUCUAGUAUUCUGGACAGGACUAUUUCAAAAGUCUUGAAGAAUGAAAAGCCGGAUACGAAGUACGAUGGCUACACUUCCUGCCCUUUGGUGACGAGUUACAGUAAAGUCAUUCUGGCUGAGUUUGACUAUAAUGGUCAGCCAUUGGAGACAUUCCCCAUUGACCAAAGCAAGGAGAGAUGGACCAUGUACCACAUGAAAGCUGACGUGAUGCCUCAUCUGUACUGGCAUGGUCUUCUCAAGGGAUUCUGGGGUGGACCAGGACCAAUCAGGAAAAUCAUGCACCUUGGGAUGAAAUAAAGUUAGAACCUGUUCAGAUGUGCUGUUCCAGACUGCUACACUGUAAUCUUUACAAUAAUCAUGAUCGUUUCAUAAUACAAUUUAAACAAGUCAUUGACAAUCAAUUGAAAUCUCAAAGUAAAUCGAUGACAAAAGUAAUAUUGCAGCAUUCCAUGACCUACUAUAUCGUUCAUUAUAAACUGGGUGGUCCGAGCUCUGAAUGCUGAUUGGCUGAAAGCCGUGGUAUAUCAGACCGUAUACAACGGGUAUGACAAAACAUGUAUUUUUAGUGCUCUAAUUAUGUUUGUAACCAGUUUA